GUAUCCUAAAUACAAAAUAUGUACUCAAGAUUAGAAAUCAUAAAAGGAUAGUCAUUAACGAAGCUCGUAACCAAUUAUAUUAAUGAAAAUAUACAUUAAAAUUACAAUUUUUUCUUUUAGAAUAUAUAAAAAUGAGUAAGAAUCGUUGUGCCAUAAUAUAACAUAAUAUUCUAACAGCUGUGUUACUCACAGUUUGGGUAAUGCGUCGAUUUGUUGCGUCUAUGGUAAUGAACAGGUUUAGUUGUAGAUGUAAUCGCAAAACACUUGUUUUUCACAGCAAUAUCAUAAAAGGAAUCAGUUCGUUCAGUAUCAUUUACAAACAAACACAAAUCGAUAUAACUUUUAGAUGCUCAGAUAGAGAAUUUUUCUGUUUUACAUUUAGUUUUCCACGACGUGAAUAUUCCUCCACAAGACACUGAAUAUAUGCCUUACAUAUGCAAACUUGUAUUUUUAAAGACAAAUUUGAUACAUAACUAUUGCUCCGUGUAUGUAAUUACUUCCCUUUGUCUAGUACUAUGCACGUGCCAAUGCAUAAUACAAUCAAUAAUCACCAUCCAGUCAUCUAAGAACGCAAGAACUAACUGUUUUCCAAUAAACGCGUCUUCCUACAUAUUAUGUGUAUCAUUUAUUAAUUCGCACGUGCAUACAAGACAACGUUACACCGGAAAAACUGUGCUUUCAUAGGUGCUUUCAAAGAAAACUAAUAACUUCCUGGCGGCCAAGAAUUUACUCGUCUCUUCCUAGUGUGUGAAACGUGUUUAGUCGAAUUCAUUAGACGUAGGGGGUUCAUUGAAAUUAUGUCGAAACAAAUAACACCGGAAGAUGUAAUCGAGUUUACCCGGCUUAGUGUAGCUUUAAGCUUUUGCUGGCCACAUGCUGACGACAGCGGCAGAAGCCGCGGUAGUUACAAAAUAGCACAAAUCUGCAUUGUCAUCAACGCUUUCCUGAUCCUCCUGCCUUCGUUGUACUCCAUUUAUUUGUAUUUAGUCGAUAUAAGUUUGCACUUGGAGGCUCUCUUCAAAUGUAUCAACUUGACGAUAUACACCAUGCAACUUAUUAUUCAAACUUGUAUAUGUUGGAAAAAGCGCGACUCGCUGCAAAUAAGUUCGACCUCGCGUCCCUUCGUCAAUUAAUUCGCGUCGAAAGCAUUGAUGUUUAAAAUAUGUUGUAGCGUAUAAUUGAUGAGAUGGUGAAGUGCGUUAACGAGGCGCAGAAAUUCGAAAGAGAUAUUUUCAUGGCACAUAUAGUAAAAUACAAUAUCAUUUACGUUGGUUACGUAGUAGCUAUAUAUGCGACCCUGACCUUUUUUAUAUUUGGACCUCUAGUCCUACCGAUUCCAACCCUAGUGGAAGUGGAGUAUCCGUUUCAAGUGAAUUAUAUGCCAGUAAAUUUUAUCGUCUACUUGCAUCACAGCAGCGUGUGCCUCGCCGUUACUGCACAUUUAUGCAUAGGCGUGUUUGGUGCGCUUUUAAUGUGGUUCGCUGCCGUAAGAUUCGAAUGUUUAGUCGUGGAAAUUCAGAAAACUACGAACAUUCGUAUGUUGGUUGUUUGUAUUAAGAAACAAUUACAUUUAAGAAGGUACGCCGAGGAAGUGGUUGGUUGUUUUCGCUUCAUAAUACUUUAUGUGUUGGGAAUGACAACGUUUACUAUAACUCUAUGUGGAAUUUUAUUGAUAAUGGAUUCACCAGUAACUACGAAAGUGGAGCUCAUCGACGCUAGUGCUUUCUGUCUCUUACUCACUUUUAUGUAUGCGUGGCCCGCUGAUUAUUUACAAGAUGCCAGCAUUAACGUUUCCAGAAGCGUAUACUAUAUGGAAUGGUACAAACAACCACUAGAAAUACGAAAGUACAUACUCACCGUAUUGGUCCAUCAGAAACCAGUAACGCUUUCUGUCGGUUGCUUUAUGCCAGAGCUUAAUUUACGUUUUUAUUGUUCGGUAAGGCAAAUCAAUAUCUCCAAUGUCAAUCAUGAUCGUGAAUAG